CGGAGCAAUUUGGACCGCGAAAAUGGGAUUGGCCGCCACUAAACCCACACAGCAGAAAACAAAGAAAGGCAUAGGAAGGGUUUUUCAAAAAGUUUUUCCGAUUCAAUCUCAGGCAGCCAUUCUUUCACUUUUCCCUCUACCGCCAUUUUUCAGAUACCCGGCCGGCCACUUUCGUGCUCUCGCUAGUACAGUAAAGUUCCGGAGCUCCAGAAAUGGCGAGAGCAGCUUGCGCCAACAUCAUCCCCGCCUUAUCUUUCCUCCCGCUGAAAUCGUCCCCCUCGUCGUCUAUCUUCACCAACAGCUCCCGCCUCGUCGGCGUUAUUGGAAUCAGCAGGCGGUUCUCGUCUUCGUCUUCCAAGAUUAGCAUGAGCUUGAAGGCCGGCAUCGUUGGCCUCCCUAACGUCGGCAAGUCCACUCUCUUCAACGCUGUUGUUGAGAAUGGAAAAGCACAGGCGGCGAAUUUCCCGUUCUGUACAAUAGAGCCGAAUGUAGGCGCAGUUGCAGUUCCUGAUCCACGGUUGAAUGUGCUUUCUGACCUAAGCAAAUCUCAGAAAGCAGUUCCUACCUCCAUAGAGUUUGUAGACAUUGCUGGUCUUGUCAAGGGAGCCAGCCAAGGCGAGGUGGUCGGCUGGCUUUGUGACUUCCGAGUUUGUUCACUACUACAGGGACUGGGCAACAAGUUCUUGUCUCACAUCAGGGAGGUCGACUCUAUCGUUCAGGUCGUGCGGUGCUUUGAGGACAAUGACAUUGUUCAUGUGAAUGGGAAGGUGGAUCCUAAAGCUGAUAUUGAUGUGAUAAACUUGGAGCUUGUUUUCUCAGAUAUGGACCAGAUUGAGAAAAGAUUGGACAAGCUUAAAAAAGGAAAGGCGAGGGACUCACAAUCUAAAGCUAAGGAGGAAGCAGAAAAGUCAGGCUUGGAGAAAAUACAAUCUGCUCUCUUGGAUGGUAAACCAGCAAGAUCUGUAAGUUUAACAGACUAUGAGAAAGAGGCUAUAAGGCAUCUGUGCUUGCUUACCAUGAAACCUAUCAUAUACGUGGCAAAUGUCGCUGAGAAUGAUUUAGCAGUUCCUGAAGACAAUCCUCAUGUUAAAGAAGUUAUGGGUCUUGCAGCCACAUUGCAAUCUGGACUAGUAACUGUUUCAGCCCAGGUUGAAUCAGAGCUAUCAGAGUUGGCGCUUGAGGAAAGAACGGAAUACUUGACAUCACUUGGUGUAAGUGAAAGUGGACUGGGAAAUCUUGUAAGGGCGACAUAUGACCUUUUAGGAUUGCGUACCUACUUUACUUCGGGUGAGAAGGAAACUAAAGCAUGGACCAUUCGAGCAGGAAUGACUGCACCACAGGCUGCUGGAGUUAUACACUCGGACUUUGAAAGAGGUUUUAUUCGAGCUGAGACGGUUGCAUACAAUGAUUUUGUUACUGCUGGUUCACUUGCAACAGCAAGGGAAAAAGGACUUUUGAGAUCCGAGGGUAAAGAGUACAUUGUCCAAGAGGGAGACGUAAUGUUGUUUCGUUUCAACGUCUAAUGGCAAGUGCUGCCAAGGUACUCCUUCGUUGGAUUUCAUUAGCUUCAGCUCCACAAUACCUUCUCCAAUUCAUAUAGUUGAAUCGAAUCGUGAAUUGCGAUUCAAACCAAGAUGACAAGGUACUCUGGGCGAUCUUUUCGUCAAUACAGGCAGAAAGUUCCCCCCUAUACAUUACAUUUUUUCUUCAUGAUUUUGUACGGAGAGGCAUCAGAGAUAGAAUGUGAACAUUGUUAGACCAGGAAGACGUAAACCAAUUGUCAGGCUACGAUGUGUAAUUGAAAUGUUAUAUGCUACUUUUUUGUUUUGCCCCUUUGUCAAUCUACGAUGUGGAAUUGAAAUGUGGUGAACUGAAAAGAGAGUUAAGGUGUCAUGAUCAGAAACUCAUCAGAAGGGGGGAAAAAGGCAUGAGUUCUAUCUGGUUAGCUAUCCAAUGACCCCAAAUUUCUUAGCUUGUUGUGUCUUGAUGAUGUGAUGGAUGAUAUGUGUUUUUGCUUCUAAGCAAUCCCUUGGGGAUUGUUAGCUGGCAAGCUUAGCUAAGAGAG